ACAGCUCAAACAUAGCUCAUAUUAUUUGUGUUAAAAUGGCAUUCAAGAUUGCAGGACUUUUGACAUUAGCCGUUGUUGUUAAUGCUCAAAGUGGAAUAGGAUACUACGGCCAUAGUCUUCAGAAACAGCAACCCCACCUGCAGCCUCUGGUACACUAUCAGCCUCAAGUUCAGGUUUAUCAGCAGCCACAAGUGCACUACCAACCUCAAUAUAGCCAGCACGAGGAAGAACAUCACGCUCCAGCUCAUUACCAGUAUCAAUACGGUGUCCAUGAUGACCAUACCGGAGACGUUCACGGUCAGCAGGAAUCUCGGGAAGCAGACAAAACCGAAGGAGAGUACUAUCUGAUUGAUGCCGAUGGCCACAAACGAACUGUGACUUACUACGUGCACGGUAAGAGUGGAUUCAUUGCUCAAGUGCACCGUGAACCGGUUAAGGGUCAUCAUAUUCAGCAACAGCAACAACAACAACAGUAUGCAUACCAUCAUUAAUGAUGACACCUAGGAUUUAAAUUAAUUUUUCCAGUUACCACCAUGUGAUCUCACAAGCGUAGUUUCACACCUUAAUAUUAUUUGUAUAUAAGAUAGGCAGAUUCAUAAAUAUUUGGUUCCAAGAAAGGAUUAAAUAUGGAUAUUAUUGUUUAACAAAGC